AUGGGCUUACCACGUUUGCAAAGAUGUUGCUUUUUGUUCGAUUUAAUGACUGGCAACAUCAUUAUGGGCUGUUUAAGUGCGUUCCUGUCACUCACGAUGGUCAUAAUAUUAAUCGUAGAAGCAUGUACAUUAGAACCUUAUAAAAAAGAAGCGAUAGAGGACGAUGACCUAAACGCGGAAGCAGCUGUAACCGGCCUAUAUGCCAUGACAAUUAUUCUAAUGGUGAUGUUCUUCGCCAAACUGUGCUUUGAUAUCUUCUUUAUAUAUGGCGUUAUAACAGAAAAAGCCCCAGUUAUCCGAGCUUACUUCUUCAUGUGGGUAGUUUUCUUUCUACUCUCAAUGUUCACGUUCUCUCUCAAUGCACCACAUUACAAUGCCGGGACUAUAUGCAUGGAAGUGUUCUAUAUAAGUUUGAAUGUGUACGCAAUUCUUCUGAGCAACAGCUUCUACAAAGAACUAAACUCACGAGAAGAAGUAUAA